CGCAACAAAUCCGCUCCUUUGCUCCUCCCAGUUUAGAAUUGUUUUUUAUUGAAGCUGUAACUGCUGCUACUACUACGCUGCAUACUCUGCAACAAACCAAUCAGCAUGGCGAGAGAAAGCGAACGCGAGUGUCUGUGCUUCGAUCUCAACACGGGUGCUAAGGUCCCGUCCGUCGGCCUCGGGACCUGGAAGGCUCCUCCUGGCGUCGUCGGCCAAGCCGUUGUCGAGGCCGUCAAGGCCGGUUACAGGCAUAUCGACUGUGCCCGCGUUUACGACAAUGAGAAGGAGAUAGGCGUGGCGUUGAAGGAGCUAUUCUCCACAGGAGACGUGGAUCGAAAUGAGAUGUUUAUCACAUCCAAGUUGUGGUGCAGCGACCAUGCGCCUGAAGAUGUUUCCAAGGCUCUAACUAGGAGCUUACAAGACCUGCAACUCGACUACGUUGAUUUAUAUCUUAUUCACUGGCCUGUGCGGACGAAAUCCGGUACUCGAGGCUUUGCCCCAGGAGACAUGGUUCCUCUAUGCCUUCCCGAGACAUGGACGGCUAUGGAAGGGUUGUAUGCAUCAGGUCAGGCUCGUGCAAUUGGAGUCAGCAACUUCUCAACUAAAAAGCUGCAGGAUCUCCUCAAAUAUGCAAAAGUGCCUCCAGCUGUUAAUCAGGUCGAAUGCCACCCUGUUUGGGAGCAACCAGCACUCCACAACUUGUGCAAAUCUACUGGUGUCCAUCUCUCGGCUUAUUCUCCUUUGGGAUCUCCAGGGUCAUGGGUCAAGGGGGAGAUCCUGAAGGAGCCAGUUUUGGUUGAAAUUGCAAAGAAACUCAAUAAAUCGCCUGCCCAAGUAGCUCUGCGCUGGGGGAUUCAGAUGGGGCACAGCGUCCUCCCUAAAAGUGUAAACGCAUCCAGGAUUAGAGAGAACUUCGAUUUGUUCAGUUGGAGCAUCCCUCCUGAGCUCUUUGCAAAAUUCUCUGGACUCCACCAGCAAAGGCUUCUCCAAGGGAACUUUGCAGUCCAUGAAACAUGCAGUCCUUAUAAAAGCCUGAAUGAUUUGUGGGAUGGCGAAAUAUGAGAGCAGUUAGGUUUCCCUUGGUACGACGCCGCUGAAGAGGGAAAUAAUUGCUCUGUUUCUUUUUCUUUUUUCAAAAGCAUAUAGACCUUCAGAUGAAUGUUAGCAUUUUGAAAAGAUCAUGUUUUCCAUUGUUUUGGAACUUCUGAUCAGGAUAAACAUCAGUCUAGGUUUGCUACCUACAAUUUGGCUUUGCUAGUAGUGAACUUAGGCUUGUCAUGGUGAAUCAAUCGCCGAAUAGUAAAAUCUUUAACAUUUGCUCAGACUUGUUUCCAUC